GGUGUUUUUUUAUCAAAAGUAAAACUAAUAAAAUAAUUUAACAAUGAUUCUCUUCCGUUAAUUAAAUACAAUAAUUGCAAAUAUUUCAGGAAAUAGCACGGCGUACUCAGUUUUGUUAAAUAUGUGUUUGAAGUUAGUGGUUGUCUAAAAACAAUAUCUUACAAUGGAUGAGCGCCGCGUAGCAGAUUACUUCGUCGUAGCUGGAUUACCGGACCAACCAGAGCUGCUUGAUGACUCUGAUUCUGGUCAUCUAAAAGGAUACACACCUAAAGCGCCUAUCACUGAUAUAGGUGUUAUAUUCCCUGGGCUCUCUGAGACGCUGCCAAAUGGUUAUGAACUUCUAGAGUCAACACCGACAGGGCUGCCUGCAGACUUGAACCAUGGGUCAAUGCGGUCACCUGAAUGCUUUCUGUGCAUACGGAGAGGGCGGGACCGGCCACCUCUGGUUGAUAUUGGCGUCAUGUACGAAGGUCGCGAGCGGCUCAUGGCUGACGCGGAGAUGGUGCUCAGCUCGGUGGGCGGGCGCGUGGCCAACGUGAACAACUCCACCGCCAAGACGUUCAUCACGUAUCGGCGCGCGCACCCCAGCGCCCCCUGCAACGCGCUCGUCGUGGUCGACAUAUGCGUCAUUGUGGCCAGCAGGGGCGAGACGCCGCCGCACGCCUUCUGCAUGAUCUCCAAGAACCUGAACAAAGGUCUAAUGGGCAGUGACGUAUACCUGUGUUACAAGAAGUCGAUGAACCGGCCGCCGCUUAUAGCGUACAAACCAGAAGUGCUGUUUAGGUACCCCCUAGUAGACCGGCGGAGUCUAGUGUUCCCAACUUCGGUGCCGCUGUUCUGUCUGCCGAUGGGUGCGACUCUCGAGCUGUGGCCCAACCACGCGCUGUCGCCCAAACCGAUAUUUUCCACCUUCGUGUUGACGGUCGCUGAUGCUACUGAUAAGGUGUACGGUUCCGCGGUGACCUUCUACGAGCCGUACCCGUCGUCGUCGCUGACGGAGUCGCAGGCGGAGGCGCUGGGCUGGCGCGCGGGCGUGUCGCACCGCACGCACGCCACGCACGUCUCCAAGUGCCUCUGUCUGCUGUCGCGCUGGCCCUUCAGCGACUCCUUCGAGCGCUGGCUGCUGUACGUCCUGGACAUGUCUCGGAGUAAGGAGCCCCUGAACAUACCCAUAGAGCGAUACAUCAUCCACUUAUUGGAGGAAGUUCCUUUCCCCGAUCCAAGAAUAUUAUUACAGUUGACAGGCGGCGGGCGCGUGCUGAUCACACGUCACGACGAACAGCCUCUAGCUAGAAGCGCGGCGGGCUUCAGACAGCUCCUACUUAAUCUGGGCCCCGACCACUGCCUGCUGUUACUCGCACUGGCCGUGACUGAACAGAAGAUUCUAAUACACUCGCUCAGACCGGACACACUGACGGCGGUUUCCGAAGCAGUAUCGAGUCUCCUGUUCCCGUUCAAGUGGCAGUGCCCCUACAUACCACUCUGUCCAUUAGGUUUAGCGGAAGUUCUACACGCGCCUUUACCAUACCUAAUAGGGGUUGAUUCUAGGUUUUUCGACUUGUAUGAGCCACCGCCAGAUGUAACUUGUGUAGACUUGGAUACUAACAAUAUCACAAUAUGCGAGUCUCAACGUCAUAUUUCUCUGAAACUUUUACCAAAACGGCAAGCGAGAAUACUUCGACAAACAUUGGAGCAACUGUUUGCGAAUAUUCGCCCUGGUAUGCUAGCGUCUCCAGUUCAUUCUAACGACAACAAAUACAACGGAGAGCCCACAACAAGUCUAGACAGAGAGUUUCAGAAGAGACGAAAAGAGCAAGCCCUAGAGUUGAAGAUUCAGGAGGCGUUCCUGCGUUUCAUGGCGGUGACGCUGCAGGGGUACCGCAACUAUCUCAUACCCAUCACCAAGGCACCGACCGUCGGCACCACGGACCCCCAUGCGUUGUUCCAUAUGGACUCGUUUAUGCGGUCGAGGGAAAAGUCGCAGCAGCGGUUUUACGAGCUCAUGAUGCGAACACAAAUGUUCACUCGCUUCAUCGAGGAGCGUUCGUUCGUGUGUUCGGAGCAGGGCCUGUCGUUUUUCGACGAAUGCACGGAGCGGGUGGGCGCGGACGAGCCGCUGUUGGGAGCGGGCGGGGCUACGGACGCGUCCGAGCGGACGGUAUUCGUCCUGCCGCCGGACCCGCCUGAUCCACCGAGCGACCACACAUACUCGUACCCCACCUUCGUGCUGGACGAACAACUGGCGGAGCGGUGUCGGGCGAGCGCGCGCGGUGGCACGCUGUCCGCGGCGCCGGCGCCCGCGGUCGCGUCCGCCGAGUCGCUGGCGGACGCGUCGCCGAUGGCGCGACGCACGCACCAGGAGAUUGCGGCCGCACAGAGGUUAGCGCGAAAAGCUUGCCUUUUACCCGAAGCCUGGGCAAAAUGUCUGUUGGGAGCCUGCUAUUCUUUAUACUUUCUUGCGUUGCCGAGUCGAAUGAUGCUGAAUAGAGGAAAAGAACACGCCACACUGAGAAAUGCCUAUGAAUUACUAGAAAGAGCUACGAAAAUACGAGUGCCCUGCGAUGAGGUCUGCUACAGAGUGAUGAUGCAGCUAUGCGGUAUCCACAAACUACCGGUUUUGGCCGUCCAACUGCUUUUUCUUAUGAAACGCGCGGGCCUCCAACCCAACGCGCUCACAUAUGGAUAUUACAACCGAUGCGUGCUUGAUACUAUGCCACAAGAUAUGCCAAGUGGUUCCCAACUCUUGUGGAACAAGCUACGUGUGGCGGUGGUCGGCGCGGCGCUGUUCAGACAGGCGGGCGCGCAGCGGGCACGUCGCGCCGCUGGAUUGCAGCCAAGUAGUGGAACUCUACCUCGCGUGCGAACUGUAGCGGGGGAUGGCUCGGAGUUGUCGGCGUUGGCUCUAGCUGAACCCGCUAAAAGUCAUUUGAGUCUCGACUCUGCCGGUGGUCGUGAUACAUGGGAGACGCGUGAAAGUCGAAGCGAGGCGUCGGCGAACGCGUUCGAGGCGUUAUGCCGGCGAGGGAAUAUCGUGCGCACGCAGCGCCGCCCGCGCGCGCCGUACGCGCCCUCUGCCGCGGGAAUACUCAUAUCAGGCCUACCUUCAGAUCCAGAUUUGAGUGUGUCGACGAGGCACCGAAGGCGUUCACUUGGCAGCGAAGAGACUGAACCAAACGUACCUGUAACAGAAAAAAGACAGACAAUCCACGUGAGCCCUGAGAGUCCGUCCGACCGGCGGAUACUGACGCGCUCCGAGAGCUUCGCCGGGGACGCACAGAUCGUACAAAACCUGCAGCGGCUAUCGUAUUCUAGUGGAACGUCAAAUCCCAAAUCUCGGUGUUCUCGAACGCUGAGCUUUCCUGAAGAACCAGAGCGGGAGGCGGCCGCCACCGACGCCGAUAACAAAUCAUCGCCUCUCAAGUUAUCACCUCGUACGCCAGUCCUCUGCGAUGAUCCGCUAGGCGCGCUGCAGCCCGAGGCGCCGCCCGCCCCGCCGCCCGUGGAGCCGCCCGUGGAGCUGCCCCCGCCGCCCAAACACGAGCUCAGCGUCAGCCCGAAGCUGUUCCACCGACGCAGCAGUUCGUUCGACGAGCCGGCCGAGGAGCAGCAAGGGAAACUGCACAGGAGCGAGACGGCGCCGGGCGGGGUAUCCGCGAGUCUCGUCAGCCUGGGCAACUCGUUGAAGAACAGCUUUGGACGCUAUUCACCCGCCAGACUGUCGUUGCGUAAAGAGAACAUGAAAAUUGGCAAGGCAAUGAUCGAAAAUUAUUUCAGUCCAACGAGUAUAGCCGGAAAGAAGUCGAAUGAGCUACUACAGAGUGGGCUCAGCAGUCUAAAGUCAGCUGCGACGAGCAUGGCCAAAAAGUUUGACGAAAUGAAGGAGGUUAUAUCUGCCAAUUCCACGCCUGUAAAAGGUGCCAUUGGGAACGCGACCAGCGCACUCACUAGUUUCAUCACGGAAGAAGACUCUACUGACGGCUCGUCGGAAGUUAAUCCUGAUGAAUGGUCAGUGGGUAUGGGUUUCCGUCGGUCGUCGUCGGACGCGGAGCUGGCGUGCUCGCUGGAGCGCGGCGGCUCGCUCGCCACGCUGCUCACGCACCUACCCGACAACCUCUACCCGAUACUGAAUGACACACGGACAGAGAAGGGCUGCGUGGAGGUUCAGAUGACGUCGUGCUCGCAGUGCCACCAGUGCGCCGCGCUGCUGUACGACGAGGACAUCAUGGCGGGCUGGGCGGCCGACGACAACAACCUCAACACGCGCUGUACCGCCUGCGGCCGACACACCGUGCCGCUGCUCACCGCCCAGAUAAUGCGCGAAGGACAAACACAGACUGAAACAGUCAGUGUGCCCUACCUUAAUCCCUUGGUGCUGAGAAAAGAAUUCGAAUCUAUAUUAGGAAGGGAAGGCGACUCGUGUUUGAUCGAGCGAGAGUUUGUGGAGUCCCAUCCGAUCGUCUACUGGAACCUAGUUUGGUUCCUUGAGCGCGCUAACAUCGACAACCAUCUGCCGGAUCUACUUUGUCCGAACUUCUCCGCACGAUACCAAAGUUCGGAUGCCCUGCCCGAUGUUGAUAAGUCAACAGGUUGCCGCGUCACGUGCUUGUGGGAGGGGCGUGGCGGGGGCGGGGCGGAGGCCUCGGAGGCGGCUCUAUACCGCUGCUGGCGGGCGCGCUCCGAGGAACGCUCGCGUCGCCUGCGCGCGUUACUGCUGACAGACCACGACGCGAGGUCCAGCCACUCGGUGAUGCUGGCGGUUCUGGACGGUUUGGUGAGCAACGACCUCACGGACGCGAUCCGCAAGUUAGCGGCGUGGCGGGAGUCAACGUGCGGCAACAAGAGACAUUAUUCCUACUAUAGGGACAUAGUAUUCUUCGCGAUGGAGGCGCUCGGCGAACAGAAGAUCGACCUGAUAGCCCUGCAGCGCGAGUACCGGCGCGCGCUCGAGGCGCUCGGCCCCGACACGCGCCCUCACGACCUGCCGCCCUCCGCCGCGGCGCUCUGCUGCCGGCAUUACUUCAAGCGCCUGCGUCUGUUACCGCCGGAACAGUAAUGGCGAGACAUUGACGAAGCUGAAAAAAAUCAGUAGGCAUCUAGUUUCCCCCAACGCUUAGCAGCAAUAUUUAGGUAUCAAGCACCGCUUAUUUUGAGCUUAAUUUGUAAGGGAUAUAUUUUAAAUGCUCGAAUCAUUGGCAACGUUACAAAGUUGGACCACCGCGUGAAAUUCAUGUCAACAAAUAAUUUUAAAAUACUAUAAAAGCUUUGUUCCGCUUGAGAAAGUGUAUAAACUAUAAUGUUUGCCAAAUAAACCACUUUGUAUAUGAAUGACAGACAGAAUAGCUUAUCUUCAUUA